AUGCUGUUGCGAGGGCGGCAAUCAUCGAGCAUCCUUAUCGGCCUGGUAUCCCAGGAGCCGCUGCUGUUCUCUGGCAGCAUCCUCGACAACAUCAGAUACGGCGCACCAGGCGCCACCCAGGAGCAGGUCGAGGCGGCCGCGCGCGCCGCCAACGCCCACGACUUCAUAGCUGCCCUGCCCGGCGGCUACGACACGCGCGUGGGCGAGCGCGGCGUGCAGCUGAGCGGCGGCCAGAAGCAGCGCGUUGCCAUAGCGCGGGCGGUGGUCAAGGAUCCCCGGGUGAUGCUGCUGGAUGAGGCCACCAGCGCCCUGGACUCUGCCAGUGAGAGGGCGGUGCAGGACGCACUCGACCGCAUCAGCGUGGGACGCACCACAGUCGUCGUCGCACACAGGCUCUCCACCAUCCGCAACGCAGACGUCAUCGCUGUUGUGUUCCGCGGGGUCAUCCUGGAGCAGGGCACGCACGACGAGCUCAUGGCUCUGCCCAACGGCGGCUACGCGCGCCUGGUGGCCGCGCAGUCGCGCCCCGCGGCGAACGGCGGCGGCAGCAGGGGCGGCGCCGCCAGCGGCGGCGGCAAGGACGCCGCGGCGGCAUGA